UCAAAACAUUUGCACGUCACAACUUAAGUGUCAAAACAUUGUUUACAAUUGUCAAUUAAUGUGUACUCAUUUAAUUACAGUUGUUCAUCUAUAAAAUCAUUGCAAUAGAUAUUACUAUUCUUCGAUUGAUAUUUCAUUAAUUCAUAACCGAUUCAGUUGUAUGAUUUACCAUGAUGUCGAGAUCAAAAAAUUCUUCCAUAAUAGAUACGUUAAAUUUUGAGUUUCCAUUUAGGCAGGUACAAAUAAAUACGUUGACCAACUUAUUUUUAAACGAAGUUUUACCACCAAGUGUUUUUAUCCAUGGUCUGCCAUCUACUGGUAAGACAAGUUUAGUGACUCGAUUGCUGAAUUUACUUGGAAAGUCAGUAAAAUCAUCUAUUGUGAAUUCUAUAUGCUGUUACACAAGUCGAUUAUUAUUUGAACCUAUUUUAAAAGAUUUAUUAGGAAUUAAGCAAAGCGACAUACCUAAUCGGUGUGAUCAUUUUAUGCAAUUUUUAAACAUAUUAAAACAAGCAGAAAUUCAACAAGUACAAGUAAUUAUAGUGUUGGAUAACUGUGAGAUGUUAAGACAUGAACAAAUAGUUUUGUUUUCAAAAUUACAAGAACUUAUAAAAAGUUAUCAACUUUGUGUUAUAUUUAUUAGCCAAGUACUCCCUGCUAAAUUUGAUGAAGACAUCAAUUGUAUUCCAAUAGUGUUUGAACAGUAUAAUAGUGAUGAUAUAUUGGAUAUUUUAUUAAGAGAUAGACCAAACAAUUGGAGUGAGUCUAUUUACCAAAAUUUUUUAAAUGUUUUUAUCAGAUCAUUUUAUGGAAGUUGUCGAGAUUUAGUCGAAUUAAGACAUUUGGCAAAGCUUCUAUUCAUCAAGUAUGUAGAGCCAAUAGAAGAUGGAUCAUGUACAGAUAUUAACCAAGCUUUACUAUACAGAAAAAUAAGUCCUAGUAUUCACUUAUUGUUAAAUAAUGUUUAUCUAGGAACAAGUUUGGAAAAUGUCAAUAGUUUGUCUGAUGAAAAAACAAAAUUUGAAAAACUUGCUCUAGAUUUACCAUACUAUGCCAAAUAUUUUUUAAUCGCUGCUUAUAUUGCAUCAUUUAAUUUACCAAAAUAUGAUAGGAAAUUGUUUGUUAAAGCAUCAAACAAAAAAAGGAAAACUAAUCGGUUGACAAAUAAAACAGAAAAUUCCGCCACUCAAUUGGUUGGACCUAAAACUUUCUCUUUAGAUCGUUUACUAGCAAUAUUUUAUGCUAUUAUUGAAGAAAAUACGAACAUGAAUGCCAACCUUUUAGCACAAAUUAAUACGUUAUCUGAUUUGGGACUUUUAAUACGAUUAGGCGAUGGUAAAUUGGAAACUCCUAAAUACAGAUGUAGCGUUAGUUUUGACUGUGUCAGUAACAUUGCGCGGACUGUGAAGUUUAAUUUAAAUAAAUAUCUC